AUGCAACAGCCUACAGACUGCAAGGGGCUUUCUCAUGAGGUGCCUCAUGAAGCGCUGACAGCGUUUCCGCAGCCGCUGCGGCCUUCCCUCUGCCCCACGCCGCAGCAGCAACCGCAACAGCAGCAGCUGCUGCUGCUGCUGCAACAACAGCAGCAGCGUCUCGCUGCGACAGGGGAGGCCUUGAGGGAGCCCAUGCUCGCUGCAGUCCCAGCCCCUCUCCCCGUGCCUUCUCUUGUGACACAAGGUGCCUUCUCCCUGUCGCUGCAAGGGCAGCAGCAGCAACAGCAGCAGCAGCAGCCACAACAGCAGCAGCCGCUUCUGCUGUUACUUCCUGGAGCAGGAUGCCACGACGCCUCUGGUCCUCAGGCGAGCCCUCUUUGGGGCCCAUCGGAGGCCCAUCGGGAGCUGCCACAGGGGGCCCCCACCCAGGCGUUUGCGACUCCAGAAACCUGUGGAAGCAGCAGCAGUGGUAGUAGCAGCAGCAGCAGUAGCAGCAGCGUCAGCAGCAACAACACAAUGGCGCCGCUGCUGCCAGUGAAGGCUCCACCGGAAUUCGAAGCAGCAUGCAACCCCCCCCCACUUGUCAGAGCCCAGGACUCGUUUCCGGCGAAUCCUUGGAACCCCCUGGCUCCCCAUAAUUUGUCUUCUGCUGCAGCUGUAGCUGCUUCCGCUGCAGCAUGUCCAUCACCAGCUACUGUGUCUCUGGCUGAAGGGAUCCCUGAGGCCACACAAAGGCCUCAGCAAAGCAGUGUGGCUUCUCAGGAGGCUGAGCCAAGCCAUUCUCGCGAGACCCUGAUCCAGCAACCGCAGCGUGAGCAGCAGUCGCUGCUGCAGCAGCUGCAUCAGAGUGAGCAACUGCAGCAGCAGCUGUUGCGUAGUUUGCAGCAGCAGCAGCAGCAACAGCAACGAUGGAGGCAUCUGCUCGAAGCUUGCCAGGGGCCUCCCCUGGGAAGCCCCAUCUCAGUUCUGUCCGCUUCAGCCAGCCCCGCAUCGUUUCCCGCUGCUGUCGCCCACUUCCCAGCUGUGCUGCCUUUCCAGCAGCAGCAGCAGCAGCAGCUUCUGCAGCGGCAGCUUCCUCAAACGGGCAUUGUCGCCAGCAUGCACCCCACAGGCUUGGUUUGUGAGAAAAGCACUUCACCAGCACCAGCUCAGCAGCAACAGCAGCAGCAACAGCUUCCCUCAGAUCAAGGAUGGGUCAACGCAAUGCCUCCAGUGGGAAGCCGGGCAAAUACGACGUGGCCCAACUUCUACAGCAGCAACCACGAAGGGUUAGGGGCUCGUUCCCAGCCUCCAGCUGAUGCUCGUGCAGCGGCACCAGCUGUGUGGACGCAGGAGAGCGCCGCGACAAAACUGUGGUCUAAUACCAUUCCGAAAAGUUCGCCUCUACAGCAUUUGAACCAUCAGAUGGCUCACCCGACGGGCCCUUUGGAGCCGUCUCGUGUGCCUGCUGCGGGUCUUUUGAGCAGUGGGGCCCCGACAAACCUCCUGCAGCCUCCGACUGGUGAUUGGCAGAGAGGCAUUGCAGGCGGGGCCACAGAACUUCACCCUGCUAAUACCGCUGCGUCCGCGUCAGUAGCAGCAACAGAAGCAGCAGCAGCAGCACCAUCUGGAGCAAUAGCAGAAACGACAGGAGCCGAGGCGACAGACCUGCCGGUGGGCGAAGACAGCGUAGGACCACAAAUCGCAGCUCCCCUUGGAAUUCGGUACUCCAAAGGGGGCCCUUACGUGCGUUCUAAGGAAGGAGUUUCCUCCCGACGUCGUGGGGGUCGGCGGGUUUGCGGCAAGCGGGGCGCCCAGUUGUUCGAGCCCAAGCCUACAGCUGCUGCGCGCCCUGAGGCAAAGUCUGGUGGCCUACUUGGCAGCAGCCGCAGUCCUUCAGUAGCGCGAACGGCUGCGUGCUCUGUGCUGGGAUUUGGCGCUGUGAUGCCACCUCAGACAAGACUGGCAACUGCUCCGGCAAUUGGUUUAAUCAACCUUGGGGGAGGCAGCUGUUUCCUAAACGUGGUCCUGCAGUACCUGGCGCAUGUGCAGCCUCUGAGGGACUUCUACCUAAACUACGCGACAAUGCUUCCAUCCUUGGACCUUCUGGGAAGCCAGUACGAAGCCUACACAAGCUAUCUCGAAACCUCGAGGCAGCACGUGAGGAGAUUAAAGAGGGGUCCUCACCAUCUCAUCCAGACGCCUACGUACACUACUUCUGUUACUUGGGAGCUUGCAGUGGUAAUCAACCAUAUGUGGAGGUCCCCCAGCAGCGUCCGCUUCAUCAAGCCUGAAGCCCUGUAUCAGGUUUGCUGUCGUAUUAUGCCCGACUUUGACCCUCGUGAGAUGCAAGACAGCGAUGAGUUUCUGCGGCUCCUUCUGGACUUCCUAGACGGUGAACUGCGUGCAGCCGCUACAGGCGUCCCUUUGCAGAAGGCGCUGAUGCUGCAGGCGAUGCCCCGAAGAUUAGAUACCUGCCCCCCAUUCUCUCAAGGGUUUGGCCAGUCACAGGGGCCAGCCUGCCCCUUACCUGCGCCCCAUCCUGGACUUAAAGAAUUAAAGGAUGAUGUUAAGGAGGCGAAGAUGCAAGGAGACACGAAUACUAGCAAUGAGCUCGGCACGUCCGGAGCAGGAUGGAACGGCACCUCAGCAAAAGACGACGAGCCGCCGGCUUGUGGAGACCUGCCGACUCUUUUCUCCGUUUUUUUUGAGGGGGCAGAAGUGGAUAAAGUUAGGUGCACGAAUUGCGGCAGGUGCACGUCCACCUUAGUGCCGUUUAAGAGUCUGGCAGUGGCGAUGACGCGAGAGGCCCAAGAAGAGUCUUGUCAGCAUGCAAGUUUGAGACUAAAGCCUUCUUCUUUUCUCCACUUGCUCUCAAAAGUCAGUCUCGUGGAAUGUCUCGACAGACACUUCGCGGACGACUGCGAAUCACUGAAGCUCUCGUCCGGAGAAGGGUACUUCUGCGAGCACUGUGAUUCCAAGCAAGACGCAGUAAAAAGCUGCGCUUUAGUCGAGGGCCACUUGCCGUUUGUGCUAUGCUUGACACUUAAAAGAUUCGUUCGCGGUAGACAGACUUACAAGAUAUGGAAUCCCGUACAGUUCGGCGAGUACGUUGACCUGGCCAGCUACGUCGAACGCUCAAAUGCUGGUGCUGCUACUGCUGAAGCAGCAGCUUUUCCAAACGCAGAUCAAACGGCGGUGGCUGAGUCUGCCCAAGCAACGGCCAUGUCGGUUCCCACGCCUGGCUUUGAAGGUGUGGAUGGAGCAAGAUAUACGCUUGCCUCAGAAAAAGGGAAAGGUUUCCCAGGCGUGUCCUCCAAGGCUUCCACCGCAGUGGAUGCAUUUGAGGCAGAACUCAUCGAACGCAGUGAAUCGCGAGAAGGGCUGUUUCCGUCUCCGGCCCCGUGUAGUGUUGCUGUUGGGUCAGGAGAGCCAGUUGAAACUCGACAAGCACAGACGGCGGGAGAGGACGAAUGCCGGCCAACUGAUGCAGACAGGCAGCCCCGAUCUCAUUCAGGUGCAGGUGGAUCAUCUGCAUCCCCUGCCCUCUCCUCAGGUUACGGAUAUAAGCUUGUGGCAUUGGUGGAGCACGAAGGUCCCGCUACGGAGCAGGGACACUACGUGUGUUACAUCAAGCACAUGGACUCAGACUCAUGGUUUCGCGCUGAUGACAAGGUAGUGGAGCCUGUCGACCUGCAAAGAGUUCUUGCAGCAUCGCCUUACAUUCUGUUCUACCAGCGCCUUCCAGGGUCUCCUGAAGGAGACAGCGAUCCCGCAAAAGGACCGUCAAGGGGAGCAGAGGGGUCUGAGCCACAGGCAGAAGCUGAUGCUGUUAACUUGCCUAGGUUCAAGAAAGGUUUUGCGGGACUCAAAGAACAGCUCGCCAUCGCCAACAGCCUUAGCAAAGGCCAGUGGCCGCAGUGGCAAGACCUAAUCGGCCGGAAGUUUGGACACGACGCAGCGCCCAGCACAGGUGACAAGCCAAGGAUUUCUGGUGUUGAAAUGGACCAUGCAGCGUCUUGGGACUCAGGUUCCUAA